AAUGUCGGAAGGAGGGGAAGGAUGGCCUUAGAGAGGAAUAGGCUAUUGUUAGAAGGCGAUGCAAAUUUUGGGAGCUGCAGGAUCAAUGUGGUGUCCAUGGCCAGACACAGCACACCAAAAUGACGCAACUUGCUUUGGCUUCACCCUCCAUUCCAACAAAACGAAAAAAGCAAGUCAAACAAAAGCCUCAGAGAAGUAGAAUCUCUCCGGGCAGCGGUACAUUUCAAUGCCAACAACCUGCGUCUGUACCAGCCAAAUGGCCGCUGUUCGACUCCGUCUUUUCUUCCCUCUCUUCUUCUUCCUUACACUUCCUGCUUUCUCUUCUUCUUCCGACGUUGAUGCCCUCCUCAAGCUCAAGCAAUCAUUCACCAAUGCUGCCACCCUUUCUUCUUGGGUCCCUAAUUCCUCCCCUUGCUCUGCCCGAUGGGCAGGAAUCAUCUGUGACAACAACAUCAUCACCGGUCUUCACCUUUCCGACUUGGGUCUUUCUGGCAAAGUCGACAUUGACGCUAUGCUGGAGAUUAAAGGCCUUCGAACCGUCAGCUUGGUGAACAAUUCCUUCUCGGGUCCUAUUCCUGAGUUCAACAGAAUCGGUGCUCUCAAGGCUUUAUACUUAUCCACCAACCAAUUUUCCGGGCAGAUUCCCUUGGAUUUCUUCUCCUAUUUGAACUCAUUGAAGAAGAUAUGGCUUUCUGAGAACAAAUUCUCGGGACCCAUCCCCGAUUCCAUAUCCCAGCUAGACAUGCUCAUAGAGAUUCACCUCGAGAAUAACGAAUUCUCCGGACCCAUCCCACCUCUACCGCGGAGCAUCAAAUCACUAGACAUGUCUAACAACAAACUGCAAGGUCAGAUUCCAGAGAGCCUAACAAAAUUUGGCGCUAAUUCCUUCAAAGGAAACGAGGGGCUGUGCGGGAAACCUCUAGAAAAGGCUUGCGACGAGAAGGGUGAAAGUGAAAAUUCUUCCGGCCACGUCAUGCUGAUCAUUCUCUUCAUUAUCUGCAUGAUCAUCGCAGUGGCGCUGUUCAUAGCAGUCAGGUCAAGGCGCCGUCUAGACAGCGACUUUAGCGUGCUGAGCAGAGAAAGCAUGGACGAGGUAGUGCAAGUGCACGUGCCGAGCUCAGCAGAUAGCAGAGAAUCGGAGUCGAGCCGCAGGGGGACGGGUUCAAGGAGGGGUGCGGCGAAGAGCGGUAAUGCGGAUCUGGUCGUGGUGAAUGAGGAGAAGGGCGUGUUUGGGUUGCCAGAUUUAAUGAAGGCGGCUGCGGAGGUUCUAGGAAACGGAGGGCUGGGAUCGGCGUAUAAGGCAGCCAUGACUAGUGGGUUGUCGGUGGUGGUGAAGAGGGUGAGAGCCAUCAAUCAGAUAGGCAGAGAUUAUUUCGAUGCCGAGAUGAGAGGUUUCGGGAGAAUCAGACAUGCCAACAUCUUGACCAUUUUGGCUUACCAUUUCCGCAAGGAGGAGAAGCUCAUCAUCUCCGAAUACAUGCCCAAAGGCAGCUUGUUGUAUGUUCUGCAUGGUGAUCGAGGGACAUCUCAUGCUGAUCUGACGUGGCCCGUCCGUUUGAAGAUAAUCAAUGGAAUUUCGCGAGGGCUUCAAUUCCUUCAUUCUCACUUCUCUUCCCACGAUCUUCCCCACGGCAACCUCAAAUCCAGCAAUGUCCUCCUCACCCAAGAUUACGAGCCGCUCCUCUCAGAUUACGCCUUACAUCCGCUUCUCAACCCCAGUUCUUUCCACGCAUUGUUCGCCUUUAAAUCCCCAGAUUACGUGCAAUACCAGGUAAUUUCCCAGAAAAUCGACGUCUACUGCCUCGGAAUCAUCAUCCUCGAGAUCAUCACUGGCAAAUUCCCUUCUCAGUAUCAUAGCAACGGUAAGGGCGGCACCGAUGUCGUGCAAUGGGUCCUCGCUGCAAUUUCCGAGAGAAGAGAAGCUGAAGUGAUUGAUCCCGAAAUAGCGAACACCCCCCACUCCUUGGAUCAAAUGCUGCAAGUUCUCCAAGUCGGAGCCGCUUGCACCGAAAGCAAUCCCGAACAACGAAUUAACUUGAAUGAAGCCAUUAGGAGGAUGGAGGAGGUAAAGGUCUGAAAAGCUCCAUUAUACGGAUAGCUUAGUUCUUCGAGUUGGGUUUGCUUGCAGCGCAUAUGCAAGGUUGUAUAUAUGAACAAAGGUUCAGCCAUUCAUGAUUGAUUUUUCGAGGGCAUAGGCACCAAUCAAACACAAGAAAAACACAGAGAACAACAGAGAAAGAGAAAGAUCAUGGUAGAGGGGGAGGAAGGUGGAAGACGGCUUCACAGACAAGAUCGGUUCAUAGAAAAAUAAUAGCUUGGUGUGGUGGCAUUCUGGAAAUGAUCUCCGUUCAUACAUCAGAACUCAUGUAAAAGGAAUGGGAUGCUGCAGAGGAUUGAAACGCUGGUCAGGCAAAAUGUGGCUCUCGGGGGCUUGUGAUGAAAGAAGAAACAAGUUUCCUCACCACUCCCUCGACUUUGUAAAAUAUAAGCGGGGACAACAUAUUUCUUGUACAGGCCAUGACAACGUCUUGUCUUGGCAAAUUGUUUGUUCGACUCCAUCUUCAAUCCUUAUCUCCUUCUGAUAAUCUGAUCGAUCGGAUUUAGCAGUUUUCCUGCAUCAAAUCCGUGGAUUGCUUCUGUUCGCCACCCUUUUUGUAAAAUUUAUUUGCUUUUGUUAUUCUUCUCA